ACUGAGAGAUGGAGGGAGGGAACGCAGACCUCGAUCCAGACUGGACCGACAGGGAAUUCCAGCAGCUGGUCAAAGCCAUAGGAGGCAGGGAGAGUAUCUUCUUGAUUGGGGAGGUGUGCGAGAGCAGGGACCUUAUGUUUCAGUUCGUCAAUAACUUGUUCCCAUGUUCAGGGAAACUUUGCAACAAGCUGUCGGACACGGGUAGCAGUCAGCACACGAUGGAGCAGCAAUGCAAGAAAUCUGAGCCCGACAAGGAGCGAGAGUUGGAGAGUUUAUUAGAAUCUUCCAGCAAGGUGACCCAGAUGGUUAAUGGGAGUAAGGAGCAGAGGAGGAUCAAAGCCCGGCUUAUUCUCUUUCUCUUCCAUCAAGAUUUCAUCUGUAACAAGCAGAACGAUCUCGUCAUCCGAGAGCUCCUGAAGGAUGUUCGGCAGAGGUCCAGCUCUUGGGAAGACUUACCCGCUCUCAUUGCGGUGGUCCACGCUGACGCUGUGAGCGGGGAGCUCAGUGUUGCUGUUCGCCUGAUAGACUACUACCUGCGGACAGUUUUUCAUCGGCACCCCGGUGAAUGUGUGCAGGCUCUACCUUUCAUAGCCAGCCAGCCAGACUCCAUGUUACAGCUGAAAAAGACCACUUGUAUUGUCCUCCGAGCUGUUUCGAGCAUGACAACAGAUAUGAGAAAGAGACAAGGAAUAUGUUUUCCCAGAAUUUACUGUUUCUUCAGGAAUACCAGAAGGCGUAUAGAGGAUAGACAAGUUGAUAACAUUCGGAAUUGUAUAGAUCAAGAAGGAACAUCUAAGAAGUCUGCUUCACCACAACUGACAGUGGGCCCAACCUCUGGUGGCAGUAAAAAUGACCUACAGAUUGACUCUAGCAGAAAUAAUGGACUGAAUAUGGAAACAGAAGUUUAA